AUGACAAACAUGCUCUUAUAUUUAACAGUUUAUGGUAGCAGGGUGUAUAUAUUUUAUUUGCAGGAAGAUAAAAAAGCAGAAGUGGAAGCUAGAGUAGAAGAAGCUAGAAGACGAGAAAAAGAAGAACUACGAAGAGAAAGGCAACAGUUGUUUUUAUCACGAAAACGACAAUUGGCUGAAGUACGAGCAUUGGAAGCAAAGCUUGCACGUAGUCGACAGUUUCAAGAUUGGCGCAAUGCACAGUUACCCCUUACUUCAUUUAUAAAAACUCAUACACAACCUUCUAUUUAUUACGUACCAAAGCGUAAACAUCCACAGACAGAUACGUUAUUAGCGCAGUCCACAAAAGAACUUUAUGAGGAAAUUGAAAAAAGAGAAAAAGCAUUAAUUGAAGAAUUAAAUUUAAUCGAAAUGCAGAUAGGAUUAAGUAAACAUUCACAACAUUUUGAAGCAUCUUCAUCUUUACAUACUGUAGAAACUCCACGUUUAAUAGAAGAAGGUGAAGAAAAUCGAGAUCCUAAUCCAGAACAUAAUAUUGAGGCUGCAAUCGGUGAUAGUAAUGUUAAUGCUGAUAUUUCAAUGCAGUCUAUAAUAAAUGAAAAUUUUGAUAAUGAUCAUACUACAGAGAAAAAGGAAGACAUACAAUUGGACCAAGUUCAAUCAGAUGCAAACAAUGGCUAGUAUAAAAUUUGCUAUAAUAAAGAGUUGUACAUAUUAUGUACAUCCAACGGUCCAACAUAAAAAGAUUUUCUUAGUAAGUUCUUCGAGUAUUGUUUUAUGAUUGUAUAAUGAAAGAUAUCCCUAAAAGAUCAAAACUUGUAAUUUUAUUACCAUUUAAAUCUGUAGUUCAGUUUUGUGACUUUAAUCUGUAAACUAAAAAAUUAUAUGAAUUUUCCUUGCAUUAUUAUCAAAAUAAAUUAGUUUUUAUAUACAUAUAUAUAUCCUUUCCAUUGUAUAUGAUAAUACAGAUCAGUAAAAUAUGUCAAAUUUCAA